UCCAGCUUUCAUCCACUCCAUCAGACAAACCUGAACCUGAAGCUUAACAAACCUGAACUUUCAAGAAAGCAUCUGAUAUUUCAAUAGGCUUAUUUUUUACAUGGCUAUAAACAAAGGACUGAAAAAGACUUCCUGCCCAAAGCACAGAGAACUGUCUCCACGUCGAGUUCCAAAGAUGACGAGGAAGGCAGAUUAAGUGGUUCAAAAUAACAACAAGGAACAGGAAAGCCAUGAAUUCUGCAAUUUCAAAAUCUACUCAGAGUCUUACAACUGCUGAGGACAUGAGAAACCAAACCAAACUUAUAAUGCAGCCCUAUGCCAACUGGGAAGAGUAUCUGACUCCAGCGCCACUGUCCAUAGCCAUCCUGGGAGAGCUGGUUUUCAUCUCGUCCUCAACAGAUUUUUCAAUCAAUAAAAAUCCCCCUAAAAAUGGCUAUAAAUUCAUAAAAUACCCUGAUUCCUUUCGAGCUUGCCUCAUGCAAGUGUGUAACUCUGGUUGGUGGGCAUUUAAUGAGGCCCAUAAGAGCAUGGAUCAGAUUCGCCUCCAUACUGCCCAAGUUCCAGAUUACAUGAAGACAGCUGUGAAGAUUCUGUUCCAAGCGGAUGAUGAAGUUGUCAAAGCACAUCUUCCUGAUCAGCUGAAAAAUAUCCAAGACAUUGCAGAUGAAUGUCUGCAGCUGUCUGAUGCAACUGAAAAGCGUUUCACUAAUGUCAUCAAUAUCAUCCAGGAGCUGCUAGAAGCGUGUGUGAAUGCAGAACACUUUUAUGGGGAAGAGUUGGAAUCAGUCAAGAAGAAAUUAGAAGAGAGCAAACUGAGGGAGCAGUCAGCUCUAGAAACCAAGAAAAGGACUGAGAAGGCAGUGAGUGCCAUGGAGAAGGAACUGGGUGAGGCUCAUGAGAGCUACAAGAAAGCUCUGGAUUCUCUCCCUGGUGGAUGGGAAAUGAUUGGCAUGGAUUUUGUUGGUGGGAUAACACAGAGCAUUUCAGGCCUGGUUAAUGGUCUGGUAUCUGCUAUUAUUGAGCCUGUGAAAUUGAUGUGUUCUGCAACAACAAAUGUAUCUCAUACAAUUAAAAAUAUUAAAGAUCAGGAAAGUACAAGAGAUGUGGUUGCUGAAAUAAAUGUAUACAGUAAGUCUGCUGAAAUUUUAAGUUGUGCACAGAAUAUCCAGCUACAAAUGGAAGUGAAUAGUGAGGAUGAUGACAUUGCUUGGACAAACCUGUAUGAUCAGAAGAACAAAAAUACAAAAACAGAUUUCGUGGCAAAACAGUUAGAAAGAAUCAAUGAAGAUUUCCAGAAAAUCUCUGAUUGCCCAGCAAAAAUACAAGCUCAGAACUUAUGCAAACAGGGCAUGGAAAUAUGCAACCAACUGGCAAAAUAUGCACCAGAUGGCAACUGUGACAAGGAAAAAAGCACUAAGAUAAUACAUGAGGUCUUGGUAUUGGUCAAGUCGGCCCAUGUUUUUGAUAGCAAAAGCAAAGACAUCACAAAUUCUCCAGCCAUUUCUCCAAAACCACCAAUGAUGCAAAAUGAACUAAACAAGUCAGAGAACAUGAGUCCUUCACAGAGGGCCACGGAGAAUGCACGAUUCGCCAUAGAGCAGACCCGAGCUCAGGUGAACAAGACAAGAGAGACCUAUGAGAAGUGUAUGGAGAACCUAGAGAAGAACCAGAAGGAACUAACUGAUAUCCUGGUCACUAUGAGAAACUGUGAACUGAAAGAGAUUGACUUCAAAACUACCAUAGAGAUGCUGGUCAAAGGAAUGGAUGCCAUGGGGAGAGUAAAGGAGCAGUGGGAGAAGAUGGUUCACUUCUUUCAGAUGGUUUCCAACAUUGUAAAAACCAGCCUGAGCAAAACUCUCACAAACUUUGUCUCAACAUCCGAGAAAACACAAAAGCUCUCCUACAAUGCAAAGCUCUUCUCAAAAGAUCUGCUGUAUACUCAAGCCUUCCAAGCUUCUAACAUUGCUAGUCUGGUCCAUAUGAUCUCUGGAACAUACACAGAUGUUUCCAGCAAGUACCUGAUGGACCGUGUCAGUUCACUGGGCAAACUAAUGGCCAUGGACAAAAGUACACCAGAAUUCGAGCAUGAGCGACAAGCACUCCAGAACUCAUGUGAUGAAGCACAAAAAGGCAUCGUAAGGCUUGUCCUGAAGAAUAAAGAGGAGUUUGACAGGAAGAGCACUGCAAGACUAGAAACGAUCGAACAUGAGUUGCUUGCCAUUCUGCCCCCUGCUCCUCCAGAAGAAAUCAAGAGUAUUCAAGAGGUUGUUCAAGCUGGGUUCAGUGAUGAAGAAAAGGUUUACUACUGAGAGAAUCUACUUUUUUACUUUUACAAUUUUUAUUUUACAUACCAGAUAGUACAGCCAACUAAGAUUUCCAAUAACAAGUAAUAGUCAUGAUAGCUCAAUUUAGAUUAUCAUAUUAUUAGUAGUAUCCAAAAAUAGUCUGGAUAACUCUUUAAAACUUCUGAAACGUUUAAUCAACAAAGCAGAUCCAUUUAAAUAAACAUCAACCAAACAAGAAACAUUAUCUUGUUAUAAGCAGUGUUUGCAGAAGUAUCUACAAAAGAAGAUCGAACACCAUUCCCAACCAAAACACAUGUAGGAGACUUUACAGUUUUCUAUUAUAGAUAAAGAUUUUAUAGAACUUGUUUGCAAUUUUUAAAACAGAUAACCAAAUAUAAUGAAUUCUUGUUAAAAGCUUAUAAGUGAUAUAUCUCAGAUGAUAACCACAAUGUUCAAAAUGGGAUGAAAUGUGAAACCCUCAUGUGGUGCACAUACAGUACACCCUUGCCAUUAACUCUGCUGUGCAUUAUAGCACCAAAUUAAUAAUAAUAAAAAACAAACAAAAUAUUGA